AUGGCGCUUUUGGGGCUUUUGGCUCUCGCAGCAUUUUUGGGGGUUGUGGCAAAGUGCUUUUACAAUGCUUUCCUGCACCCACUCAGCCGUUACCCCGGUCCGAAGUUUGCCGGCGUGACGAGGGCGUACUACCUGUUCUUUGAUGUUCGUGGGGUAAGCCACUGGAAGGUCAAGGAGUGGCACGAGAAGUACGGCGAAGUGGUCCGUAUCGCCCCGGGUGAGCUGUCUUACACUUCUGGCCAAGCUUGGCAAACGAUUUAUGGUUUUCCCAACAAGGAGGGCACGGGCAACUUUGAGAAAGAUGCCCAGUGGUGGAACAAGAACGUCAACGGCGUCGAGAACAUUCUCACGGCCGACGACGCCGGCCACAAGCGCAUGCGCCGUCUCCAAAACCCUGCUUUCUCGGACAAAGCCCUCAGGGCCCAAGAAUCCGUCAUCACCGGCUAUGUCAAGCUCCUCAUCCACAAGCUCCAUGGGCUGGCAUCGAGCGGGAGCACUGAGUCCGCGGCUGUCGUAGACAUGAACUCGUGGUACAACUUUACCACUUUUGACAUAAUUGGUGAUCUAGCCUUUGGCGAGCCCUUCUACUGCCUUCGCGAUGCUAAGUGGCACUGGUGGCUGCAUGCCGUCUUUGAUAUCUUCCAGGCUGGCACCUACCUCCGUGCCGCCCGUCGGUUCCCGUCGCCACUUUCGGAGAUGCUUCUGCUUCUUAUUCCCCGCCGCCUCAUCAAGACUAGAGUUGCUCAGUUUCAGUUUGGCGUUGAGCGCGUGAACCGCCGGCUCGAGCAAGAGACUGAUCGUCCUGAUUUCAUGUACUAUAUCCUACAAGGAAGCGAUGAGAAGGGCAUGUCAACUGAGGAGAUCUACGCCGCGGCCCAGGUCCUCAUCGUCGCUGGCAGUGAGACCACGGCGACAGGUCUGACCGCAGCCACCUACCUCCUCUGCGAGAACCCGCAAACUUUGGCCAAGCUCACGUCAGAAAUCCGCAGCACCUUUGAGAGCGAGGACGAUAUAACCAUCCAGAGCACAGCUGGACUAAGCUACCUGAACGCUUCUAUCGAAGAGGCUCUUCGUUUGGGACCUCCUGGUCCUGGGACGUUUCCUCGCGUGGUUCCUGACGGCGGAAGAAUGGUCUGUGGACAAUUCGUUCCUGCUGGGUACUCAGUCGGUGUUCACCACCUAGCCGUCAACCGAUCGCCAAUUCACUUCAGCAAGCACGAUAAGUUUCACCCCGAGAGGUGGCUUGGGGACCCGAAGUUUGAGUCGGACCAGAAGUUGGCGGCUCAGCCUUUCUCAUUCGGGCCAAGGAACUGUAUCGGAAAGAAUCUGGCUUAUGCUGAGAUCCGGACAAUCAUUGCCCGUUUGGUGUGGAACUUUGACAUGAAGUUACACGCUGACAGCGCAGGCUGGCUAGGGAGGCAAAAGAUGUUCACCACAUGGCACAAGACGGAGAUGAAAGUUUAUCUUUCCCCGCGAGCCAAGUCAUCAUAA